AUGACAGAUUUUAUGAAAAGCUAUUGCGACUCCAAUAAUAGUGAACAUCAAAUUAUACUCUAUAAAGAGAUGGAAGAAUUCAAUAAACAUUUUGGUUCCAAUACCCACACUACUGUCCGCAACCGAGUUUAUCAUUUCUUACCGCCAGGAGCAUCGACUGACACUUCAGAUGACACCAAAGAAAUCGAACGCAGGCCUAAUAAACGCAUAUACGCGUCAAGUCAUCGAUCACGUGACGGAUUUAAUAUUUUUGAUUGGCAAAAUUGGCCACAUGGUCGCGUCAUGUUUAUUUCCUCAGUUCUUUCGGUCUCAAGGUCCUUUAGUCCUUCCAGUUCUGCAAUUAAGAUAUUUUAG